GGGGACUUCAGAUGGUGCCGCGAUCGUCGGAAGGCACCGUCGCCGCCAUCGCUGCUGCCGAUUCGCUCGUCGACUUCGGGUCAACGCGGGCCUCCGCCGAAGCCCAGGCCGCCGGCUCGCCCGCAGACAUCGCGAGGGCGGUCCGGGAGAUCCUGGUGGCGGCCGCGUGCGACAAGGUGUCCAAGGUGUUUGUCGAGUCGCUCGCGGUGCUCGAGGAGCUCGUGUCGGAUGGCCGCAUGGACUCGCUGUCCAUGGAGGACUUCGUGGCGCUGCUCCGCGGCCAGGAGCCUGGUGCCACCGAGGACGCCGACCCCUCUGGGGACGUCCUGGUGGUGCUGCUCGACCAGUCCGACGCGGCGGGUGGGUCGAGCCAGGCGGGGUGUGCCCCCGCUGGCGGCACAGAGUUGCCGUCGGCUCGGAGACAGGACAGGGGAC